AAGAAAACUUAACAAAAAAGAGCAGAAGAGAGAAGAAGUAAUUGAAGUAUUGUCAUCAAGUGGAGAUAAUAGUAUGGCAGCAACGGGAAAAUGUAGUAAAGUACGACCACGAUUUGAGAUGCUCAAAUCGAUGAGCAUUCAAAAUUCAAUUGAUGUUUCCAAUAAUCAAAUGAUCCAGGAAGCAUGCCAACGUCUUGUUCUGAGCGAUCAGCAGCUUCGACGAAUCAUGCAAUCGAUGGAGAAAAGCAUGGAGCAGGGUCUUGCUACUUCUACGAAGAAAGUCGCUGUUAAAAUGCUUCCAACCUAUGUUGAUUCUGUCCCGAACGGAACUGAGAGUGGCGAUUUUCUUGCACUUGAUCUUGGUGGUACCAAUUUCCGUGUUCUACACAUCAAACUACAAGGAAAAGAGACAAAAAUGACUGGAAAAAUCUUCCGUGUUCCUGAAAGUAUCAUGCGAGGAACCGGUGAAGCUCUCUUCGAUCAUAUCGCAGGUUGUAUGGCCAAGUUUAUGGGUGAGAACGAUUUAAAGGAUGCCCAGAAGUUGCCGCUCGGAUUCACUUUCUCGUUUCCAUGUGAACAGGAAGGAUUGACAAAAGGAAAAUUGGUCACCUGGACGAAAGGAUUCAAAGCAUCCGGAGUAGAGGGUGUUGAUGUUGUCACUUUGCUUCACGAAGCGUGCCAUAGAAGAAAGGAUAUUGAUAUUGACGUAGUGGCACUGCUCAACGACACAGUGGGAACACUGAUGGCUUGUGCAUUCCAAGAAAACUCUUGUCAAAUCGGAGUCAUUGUGGGAACAGGUACCAAUGCAUGCUACAUGGAACGUUUGGAUCGUAUCCCGAAGUUGGCUGGAUACGUUGAUGAACACGGUGUGACACCGGAGGAGAUGAUCAUCAACACUGAAUGGGGAGCAUUUGGGGACGAUGGAGCACUCGAUUUCCUUCGCACCGAAUGGGAUGAAGUUGUGGAUCGUGAGAGCAUCAACCCAGGACAACAUCUCUAUGAGAAGAUGAUCUCCGGAAUGUAUAUGGGAGAGUGUGCCCGAGUUGUUCUCGAAGAUUUGGCAAAGCAAGGAUUGCUGUUCGGUGGAAACUCGGAUGCUAUUUCGGUUCCUCAUUGCUUUCCAACAAAGUUUGUAUCGGAAAUUGAUAGUGAUCUUCUUGAGGAUGAUGAUCGAACAUUCCAAAAGACUUAUCAAAUUCUCGAGGAUAUUGGUGUUGAGAUGAUCACUGCGAAUGAUUGUGCCAAUGUGGCGUACGUGUGUAGUUUGAUUUCAACUCGUGCUGCCCAUCUGACAGCCGCUGGAAUCGCUAUGUUGCUCAAUCGAAUGAACAAGAAACAUGUGACUGUCGGAGUUGAUGGAUCUGUAUAUCGUUUCCAUCCAACUUAUCCAACACUUCUUGAUGCCAAAAUUGGAGAAUUGAUUGUUGGAGACAUUGAGUAUAAAUUGAUGCUCUCUGAAGAUGGAUCUGGACGUGGAGCUGCUCUCGUUGCUGCUGUUGCCACUCGACUGAAAGAGGAAAAGCUUGCCGCUUCUCUUUCAUCGUCAUCGUCCAAUCAGUAGUCUCGUCGAUUCUCAUCUGUUUAAAAUUCGCUUUCUGUCACUUUCACCCAUUUCAUCGAGCUUUAUCCCUCACCUAGGCCCCGCCCACACUUGAAACAAACUUCCAAUAGAUUCGAAUACGGGAUAUACUUUUUUCUUAUUUUUUAAAACAUUCUCCAAUUUCUAGGCAUAACUGUACCAAUUUAGAGCACCCAUGCAUCCUCCCUUACUAACUCCUUUCUUCAUCAAACGUAUAAACCACUAACCUCCCUUCUACAACCAAAUAGAAAUAACAAAAUCCACAAUGGAUUGCCAAUUGAUUUAUAUAUCUUAAGUUAUUCAUUUUCUGAAAUAGUGAUUGGAAUUUUUAUAUAUAUUACUUAUCAGUGAUCAUCCUUUACCGAAAAUUUGUGUAUAAAAUACGUUUAAUGUA